UUUUUUGAUACCUCUUUUUUUUUUCUUUUUCAACAUUUUUCAACAUGGUGGCCAAUCACGAAGAAUUCUUGAUUAACGAACACGAUAUACCAUACGAAGAAGAAUUGCUUCGAAGCCCCUUUUCACUUCGUGUUUGGUUACAAUACAUUGAUCAUAAACGUAAUGGAUCCAGCGCCGAAUUAUAUUUUGUUUAUGAACGUGCCCUUAGUGAAUUACCGGGUUCUUACAAAUUAUGGAAACAAUACUUGGAUAUUCGACGCGAGAAACUAAAGGGAUUGAAUGCCGUUCGACAUAAAUCGCUGUAUAGUGCGGUCAUUGCCUUAUACGAACGUGCUCUUGUCUUACUUAAUAAGAUGCCUAGAAUUUGGCUUGAUUACCUCAGUUUGUUAACGACAUUACCCAUGAUUACGAAAACAAGACGUAGUUUUGAUAACGCUUUACGUGCACUUCCCGUCACCCAACAUGGCCGUAUUUGGGAUCUUUAUUUACAGUUCGCUAAAGCAGCUGGAGGCGAAACUGCUUUGCGUAUCAACCGUCGUUAUUUGAAGUUUGAACCCACAUAUGUUGAAAAUUACAUUGAGAGUCUGAUAAAACUUGAACACUAUGACGAAGCUGCUAUUCAACUUGUAAAGAUUGUAAACGACACCAAAUUUGCUUCAGCACGAGGAAAAUCACACUAUCAGUUAUGGCAACAGUUAUGUGAGCUUGUAGUCGAACACUGUGAGGAUAUCAAGAGCGUACAAGUAGAGCCCAUUAUUCGUAGCGGUAUCAAACGAUUUACAGAUCAAGUGGGCGUACUUUACGCUCGUUUAGCCAUGUACUGGAUCAAGAUGGCGCAGAUUGAAAAGGCGCGCGAUAUCUUUGAAGAAGGUAUCACCACUGUCAUGACCGUCCGAGAUUUCACAGUCAUCUUUGACGCCUAUGCCGAAUUUGAGGAAGAAAUGAUCACUACCAAGAUGGAGAUGGCUGCUGAACGUGAAGAGGCAGGUGAAAAGGAUGAGGAUGAGGAUUUGGAUUUAGAUUUGCGUCUUUUAAGAUUCGAACGUUUAAUGGAUCGUCGUCCUUUCCUUGUCAAUGAUGUGCUUUUGAGACAGAACCCUAAUAAUGUAUUAGAGUGGGAGCAAAGAGCUGUUCUUUGGGGUGAUAACAAGGAAAAGGUUGUGGAAACAUACACACAAGCUGUUCAAACCAUCAAUCCUAAAAGAGCUCAUGGUAAAUUGCAUGAAUUAUGGGCUAAAUUUGCCAAAUUUUAUGAAGACGGACAGGAUAUUGAAUCUGCGCGUGCGAUUUUCGAAAAGGCGGUCAAGGUGAAUUACAAGAACGUGAAUGACUUGGCCGAAGUCUGGUGUGAAUAUGCCGAAAUGGAAACCCGUCAUGAUGAUUUUGAUGCGGCCUUAGAUGUGAUGGCUCGUGCCACCGCAAUCCCCAAGCUUUUAAGCGUGAAUCCCAAGCAGGUGAACUUUCAUGACGAAUCCAUUCCUGUACAACAGCGUGUUUUUAAAAGUUUGCGUUUGUGGAGUUUCUAUAUCGAUUUAGAAGAAAGUGUGGGCUCAAUUGAGAGUACCAAGGCUGUAUAUGAUAAAGUAAUGGAUUUACGUAUUGCUAAUCCUCAAGUGAUCGUGAAUUAUGCUACCUUUUUGGAGGAAAACCAAUACUUUGAAGAGUCCUUCAAGGUCUAUGAACGUGGUAUUGAAUUGUUUGGCUGGCCAAUUGCAUUUGAAUUGUGGAAUAUUUACCUCGAGCGAUUCUUAAAGCGCUAUGGUGGUAGCAAACUUGAAAGAGCCAGAGAUUUGUUUGAGCAAGCGUUGGAAGCAUGUCCUCCUAAAUAUGCCAAGCCUAUUUUCCUCAUGUAUGGUAAAUUAGAAGAAGAACACGGUUUAGCUCGUCAUGCUAUGCGUAUCUAUGACCGUGCAACCAAGGCUGUAGCCGAUGAAGACCGUAUGGUGAUGUUUGAAUACUAUAUUGCUAAAGCCACCGAAUCCUUUGGUAUCAUGGCCUCACGUGAGAUUUAUGAACGUGCUAUCGAAUCACUUCCUGAUAAAGAUGUGCGUAUCAUGAGUUUAAGAUAUGCCGAACUGGAAAGAAAAUUGGGUGAAAUUGACCGUGCACGUGCCAUUUAUGGAUUUGCAUCACAAAUAUUUGAUCCGAGAACACAGCCCGGGUUCUGGAAGACAUGGCACGACUUUGAAGUUCAACAUGGUAAUGAAGAUACUUUCAAGGAAAUGCUUCGUAUUAAGCGAAGUGUACAAGCAACAUUCCCUAGCGUUUAAUAUAUUAUACAAAACAAAAGAUGAAAGGGGGAGGCGGAGGGCUAAGACAAUAAAAAGGAAAGGGUGUAUUUUUUGUUAUUAUCCUUUAAACUAGAUGAAGAUAGGGCCGGACUACUAUUAUUACUGCUGCUAAUACCAUCCUCAACAAUGACUGGUGAAGAAGUCGAUGAAUUAUUUUUAAACUUUCUUCUUGAACUAUCAUCUUCUUCUUGUUGUUUACAGAGCUUAGUCCAAACUAAGAAGCAAGACAAUGAAAUUAGUAUGUCUCCCCUUUUUUUCUUCUUAUUUGCGUGAAGGGAUCGGAUCACUUGUACUUACUUAGACCACAUGCAUUGCAC